UAGAGUUUGCUCGAUACUCUGAGGUCGGCCAUUGGUUGUUUGUCAAAGAGAAAGAAAACUUGUUACACUUUACCCGGAUACGGUGUGGACAUGAAAAGGCAACGAAAACCUUAAUCGACAAUAUUCUGUCAAGCAAACCAUGAGUUUACGGAUACGUUAGGCUACGAUAGAUCUCAGAGUGCUAACUGAAGUCAACAAACAUGAGGAAGAAGGGAGCAAUGCAGAAGAGCAAGCAGUGGAAUGUGAAGGCGGCUUUGCGGCUGGCAGGUCUCUUUCACUUCCUCCAUUCCUGUGGCUCCGGUUGCCUUCUUCCCUUCCUGACCCUCUACUUCCGAAACUUGGGUCUCAGCGCCGCCAUGAUUGGUAUCAUCAUGGCGUCCAAGCACCUGCUCGCUCUGUUGUGGCGCCCGUUCUCCAGCGUCCUCGCCAGACAGUACGACAAGCGGCGGGCGGUCAUAGUGGGCUCUCUGCUCAGCUCGGCAGUGGUGGUUUUGACUCUUCUGCUCUUCCCAUCCACAGGAAGCCAAGCUGAAAGUGGACGGUGUAACACCAGUCAACCCGAUGCUGAUCCCACUACCAUUCUAGAGAGGACAAUGGUCCCAUCGCAAUCAAACGCUACUGUUUACUCAAUAAACCAAACAUCUGUAAGUACAGAGCCCUCUGUUGAAGUUACCACACUUGUAAGCUCCAACUGGUCAGCAAGAGGCCUAAAAACUUUGAAGAAGCCUGAACAGGAAGAUGAUCCUCACAGUGAGUUCCUUGGGAGCCUAAAGAUUAUGGAUGCCCGGCAUCAGAUGUUCUUUCUGGUUCUCAUUGUGAUGGGUUUGUGGGAGUUAAUGGCCGCCCCAUUGGAGUGGACAGCGGAUGAUGGACUCUACGAAUACUUGGAUUUCGUAGAUGCCACCGAUCACUAUAAUGGUGUGAAGGUCUGGAAGCCACUUGGAGCUGCUUUUGGCAACUGUGUGGUUGGAGUUCUUGUAACCAGCCUGUUUUGUCUUAUAGGAACUACAUUGGAGUUUUACUCCUACACUGUGUUUAUGAUCCUAACCAUCCCAACAGCUGCGCUGCUACCUAUAUACCUCCGCAAGCGUGAGCGGCCCACUAGUGGAGGCUUUAAGGCACUACAAUUGGUGCAUGGGAACUUGCAAGCGAUACUUUGUGCAACCACUGUCGUCUUGAUGGGCAUGGUGAGCUCAGCUGUGUCAGAUUUCCUCUUAUGGCACAUGCAGGACUGCGGUGCUACUGAAAUCCACAUGGGCAUCUCUUUAGCCUUGGCGCACUUAAGCCAAACUGGCUUUGCUCUAUUUGCUGGGCGUCUCUCCCGGUUUCUAAAGUGCCACGGUUGGUUACUAGUACUGGCCGUUGUUAGUUUAGCCCUGCAGUCUCUUUAUUAUUCCUUCCUGUGGGGCCCGUGGGCUGUAAUACCCGCUCAACUGCUGGCGGGCUUCAGCACCGGCGCCCUCUGGUGGUCCGUAACAUUGCAAAGUGAAGACAUCGCCACUCCCGGCACGGAAAAGACCAUUUUAAGGCUUUUCGAGGUGCUUUCUCUGGAGUUGGGAGCGGCGUUUGGCAGUCUAGCAGCUGGGUUUGUGGUGCAAAAAUUUGGGGUCCGGGUGCUUUUCCAAGGCACUGCAGUCACUCUGGCUUUGUGGAGCAGCGCUCUUGCCGUACUCAAGUGGAAGAUUCCUCGGCAGCGCCGGAUAAACUACUCACGCCUGCUGGCCGCUGACACAGAGAUGAGCGAGUCUGAGUCAGACCAGGAGAAAGACUGGCUUGAGACGGCUAUGGAAGACGACGCCAGGGGGAUCAACAAGUGGACAGCGGAUAAAUCUUAAUCAAUGGAAGCAAAGAUUGACUUAUUAUCAGAGAGCUAAUUAAAAUAACUAAGAGUGUAAUAACACUGGAACUCUUCCAUACACUGAAAAAAAAAUAUUUUCUUACUAUGUAUUUAUGUCUUGUUCUCCAUUGAAAUUUUUUUUUGAGUAAUGACAUAACCAAUGACAAGUUUUGUUUUCUAAUAUGAUGUACCAAAAUUAAGUAAGUUUAUGAUUAAAAAGAAAUAUAUUUGGCAGUGGAGUAAGAAAAAUAACUUUAAAGUCAAAAUGGGAAGAUUAUUUUUUCUAAACCUUUUGAUACCCUAUAUUAUUAUUAUUAUUAUUAUUAUUAUUAUUAUUCUUUAGAAAACAACUCAAAGUCUUGUCAUAUACUUCUCAAGAUAUUAAGUCUUGUUUUCUGGGUACGGGGGGCUGUAUGUUUAUACUUAAAACAAGAAAAAAUAUGUCAGUGGGGUAAAAAAAAAAGUCAAUUAUUUAUUUAUUUUAUUUAUUGAAUUCUUUUUUUUUUUUUUUUUUGGAAUAUUUGUUUUACAGGCCAGCUUUUUCAUAAACUGAUGGAUUAUGACUGGAGAUGAGCUAAUCUGGUUUGUUUACUUAUAGUAAGCAUGUCUUCUCUGCCACACAAGCAGAUAGUGCCUAUUGUUUCUAACGUCUUCACACCUUUCUUUACCACUCAUUGUUAUGUUUCGCAAAUAUUUGUGAUCUGAAGCUGAGUGUCAGUUGCCUGUUAUGCAGAGACUUUGUUUUUUAUUUAUUGUGCUUAACGCUCUCACGUUUUCCACAAUUACGUGUCAGUAGCACAUGGGGUUUAUUGAAGAUAAUCAUAAUAAAAAUUAUCUACUUUCCAGUCUAAGGUAUUGGGAACACUUGGCUUAGAAAUUAAGUUUGCCAAAGCUGUAUUGAGAAAAAAAAUCUUCCCAAACUUGUUCUUGAGUAAAUAUUCCUGUACAGCUCGUAGAGCAGAUUGUAGAGUAGCAUGUCUGUGACUGACAACUCUUUAAAAAAAAAAAAAGGAGAGAGAGAUGGGAAUAAAUAUUCUUAACAUUUCAUUGUUUGAAAUAAAAUAAGAUCUAUUAAAUAAUUUCAUCUUUCAACAAAUGCAUGAAGCCAAGCAUUCAUCAUUUUGUCCAAAUGUCUUGAUAUACUCUGCAUUGUAACAAGUGUUGUACUUUGACCCAGUGUUAAUCAUUUUAUGGCAUUAUUACAUAAUCGACGAGUGUAGAUUUGCCAUGUUGAUAUUUCAUGGCACAGCAAUAUGUCAGUGUUGAUGUUGUUUCCUCAAGAUCAGAAUUAAAUCUCAAAAUCUAGCAGCAUUGACCCCAGGGUUAAACCACACAGCCAAAAGUGUUUUCUCCUCAAAGGGUUGCUUCAGAAGCACAAUCUAUCAAUGCAGCCAGGCUGUUAAUAGUUUAGCAAGAUGCCUCAAAUUAUAACACUCCCUUAAGAUGAAAGCCAAACCACACAAACAUUUUCUGUAGGCAUGAUUCACGGUGCAAGCAUACUGUGUGUUUAACACUUAUGUCCUGACUGUUAACUGGGAUAAAGCAGUUGAAUUACAGUUCAAAUUCAUUUAGGCACAUGCUCGUGUAAUCAUAGUAGAAAGGCUGUAGCGCUGAUAAAAUGUUUCUAAGAAUUUGUGACAUGGAUCAAUCUACUACUGAUAGGGACUUGUUAAACUGAAAAUGUUUUCUAAUAAAGCAUUAAUGUUGUA